UGCAAGCGGCGAGUGUGACUCACAGAUGGGGUGGUAGCAGUCUAGAAGGAGAAUGCGUGGACGGCACUUUGCGACUGGGAAAUAAACCCACAGACGCCAGUAAAUGCCUUCUCUUUAGGAUAGUAUGAGAUGAAUUGGUGAGAGGGUCGCGGACGGUGCGACCAGAAUCGUGCAGCAGCCUGGCAUUAAUGACAAACAAGGGAGAUAUUCGAGCGCACAAUAGAACAAGCACCAACCGCAGACGAAUGUGUAGAAAUCUAUCGGACUCGAAUCAAGCCACUCAGAAAAUAACGUAGUCUCGGAUCCGUUGGACCUCCCUCGUCGUUGUUAUAAAACAGGAAAACGGAUUACAGAACCAAACAUUUGUGAAUUUUGGGCUUGUUGGAGCGUUUCUUUUGUCAGGCGAGACCUGAAAAACUUCUACAAUGGCUCUGGUCAUGGAGCCUGUAAGCAAGUGGAGUUCGAGUCAAGUGGUGGACUGGAUGAAAGGGCUGGAUGACUGUCUGCUGCAGUACAUUAAGACGUUUGAGAGGGAGAAGGUGGGGGGAGACCAGCUGCUUCGUAUCACCCACCAGGAGCUGGAGGACCUGGGAGUGUCCCGCAUCGGACACCAGGAGCUCAUCCUGGAGGCUGUGGACCUACUCUGUGCCCUGAACUACGGUCUGGAGACAGAGAAUCUGAAGACUCUAUCCCACAAGCUGAAUGCCUCAGCCAAGAACCUGCAGAACUUCAUCACAGGGAGGCGUCGCAGUGGUCACUAUGAUGGCCGCGCCACCCACAAGCUGCCCAAUGACUUCCUCACCUCUGUGGUGGACCUCAUCGCUGCAGCCAAGAGCCUGCUGGCCUGGCUGGAUAGGUGCUACUUCUUUUUCAGGUCUCCGUUCGCAGCAGUGGCAGACUACUCCAUGACAAGAAACAAUGUGAUUCAGUUGUGUCUAGAGCUCACCACGAUUGUACAGCAGGACUGUUCUGUGUAUGAGACAGAAAAUAAGAUUCUGCAUGUGUGCAAGACUCUAUCUGGAGUGUGUGAUCACAUCAUCUCGCUGUCCUCUGACCCGAUGGUGUCCCAGUCAGCCCAUUUGGAGGUGGUUCAGCUGGCCAAUAUCAAGUCCACUGAGGGACUGGGCAUGUAUAUCAAAUCGACAUAUGAUGGCUUGCAUGUCAUCACUGGAACUACAGAGGGAUCUCUGGCUGACCGCUGUAAGAAAAUUCAUGCAGGCGAUGAAGUCAUCCAGGUCAAUCAUCAGACAGUGGUGGGCUGGCAGUUGAAGAACCUGGUGAAUUCUUUGCGUGGGGACCCCGGGGGUGUUACACUGACUCUGAAGAAGCGCCCACAGAGCACACUCACAUCCACCCCAGCACUACUGAAGAACAUGAGAUGGAAACCCUUAGCCCUGCAACCCAUCAUCCCUCAGAGCCCCAGCAGCAGUGUGGCCACACCCACCAGUACCCUGAGCACCCCGUCCAGGAGGGACAGCUGUGCCCUGCAGGACCUCUUCAUCCCCCCGCCCCCUGAGGAACCAUACACCCCCAGGCGAACAGACUCUCUCCCUGAUCUGUGCUGCAGAGACGACAAGGGAAAUCUAUCAGGUGACGACGACUUCCAAGCUGACAUCCCGGUGGCCAAGGGCUCUGAGUCCCCCAACUCCUUCCUGGACCAGGAGUGUCGCCGACGUUUCCCUCUGGUGGAGGAGGAUGCCGUUCUGUACUGCUACGAGUAUGACCAGAACCACGGACUUCCACCUGUCCGCAGGGACAGCACCCCCACUUAUGGCAGGCUUAGGCCCAUCUCCAUGCCAGUGGAAUAUAACUGGGUGGAAGACUAUGAAGACCCGGCCAAGCUGAAGAGAGAGAGCAGGAGAGAGAACUCCCUGCUGCGUUAUGUGAGUCAGAGUGAGGACAAGGCCAUGCCAGAGGAGUACCUGACAGGACGCAGCAGGAAGAAGAGUGACAAAGGCAGCCCCGCCCACUACGCCCUCCUCCCAGCCCUCCAGAUGGAAGUCUCCACGUCCGGCUCCGACUCCGCCUCCCUCUACCAUAUGUUUGAACGAUCCUCACUGCGCUCAAGGUCUAGGAAGAAGAGUAAAGUAGGUGACUCUUUGUCCUCCAUCAGUAAGAGGCGUAUCUCAUGUAAGGACCUGGGGCGGGGGGACUGUGAGGGCUGGCUGUGGAAAAAGAAGGAUGCUAAAAGCUACUUCUCCCAGAAGUGGAAGAAAUACUGGUUCAUCCUGAAAGAUAUCUGCCUAUACUGGUACAUGAAUGAGGAGGAUGAAAAGGCAGAGGGCUUUGUUAGUCUCCCAGAAUUCAAGAUUGAUCGUGCAUCUGAGUGCCGUAGGAAGUAUGCUUUCAAGGCCUGCCAUCCAAAGAUCAAAAGUUUCUACUUUGCAGCGGACAAUGCGGAUGACAUGAACAGGUGGCUGAGUCGUCUGACCAUGGCAGUGGCAGGUUACUCGGAGCAGGAGAGGAUCCGACAGGACCAGGACUACUGGAGUGAAAGUGACCAUGAGGACAUGGAGAUGCCUUCCACCGUGCCCAAACAGGACAGCCCUCCUCCCCCCUAUGACACCUACCCCAGGCCCCCCUCAGUGUCCCAAAUGAGUCCGUACCAGGAGCCCAAACACGGCCGCCUUUCCUCCUCUGAGACCUUCCAGUCACGCUCAUCUCAUGAGGAGUUCCACCCCGAGCCACAGGAGGGCAGCAGCAGCGGAGGCGGCGUCUCGCCUGGCCAGAAGUCCUCCAGCCAACGGCGUUCGUGGCAGGACCUGAUUGAGACGCCCCUGGGCAGCACGGGGCUCCACUACCUGCAGACACUGCCCCUGCCCCUGGAGGAGGCCCUGCUGCGCUCCCCUGGAGGAGGAGGUCUGUCUGUGGAGUACCGCCGCCAGUCAACCCUCCCUGCCCAGCGCAGCCUGCUGCAGGAACACUAUGGCCCACUGCCCUUGCAACUCAGCCCCAGUGUCCCAGUAGAGGCUGGGGGGAAACCCCGUAGCUUCACCCUGCCCCGAGACAGUGGGCUCCAUGCCAUCCUCUCAGCCUCGGCCAGCACCUCUGACCACAGAGACCACCACCACUACCAGCUGGCCAGAGACACAGGCUGUGAGAGGGAGGGCCGUCCCCAGGCUGACUCUCUGGGGGACCUGUACCGGGCCCUGGAGAGGGCCAACCUGUCCUCAAUGGGAGACCACCAGCCCUCCGCCCGCCUGGAGUACAAACGCUCCUUCGUCCGCCGCGUCAAUGACCCACUGCUCAGCGAAAAGCUGCACCGUCUCCACAUCAUACAGAGUGCGCUCAAGAAUGUCCCUCUUCAGGACUCUGACCCGUCGUUGGGUUUUUUAGGAUAGCCUGUGUGGAACAGACCAUGGACAUCAUAGUCACCCCAUUCAUCCUGCCAAGGGACGUGCCCUUACUGCCCUACCCCAGCCAUUCCGUCAUCCCUGGAAGACAGCCACAACAACCAGGGUUACCCCCCCCCCCUCUCUCUCUUUCACUCAAUCUCACUCUCUCUCUCUGCACACCCACAUCUACCUCUAAGGACCUUUCCUCAUGCAAAAUAGUUUGUUCAAUGAGCAAAAUAACCAUAAAAUAUUAAAUAGAUGGGAUGACACAUUAUCCAAGUUACAUCGUGUAAUUACAGUACUUAAACUCUGGUUCAAUAAUAGUGUUUUUCUCAAUGACAUUUUUAAAGGAAAGUUACAACAUAAAUUGCACUGGAGAAUAUAGUGAGGCCAGGAUUCAAUCAGAUCAGCAUUAACCCGCGUUAACCGACAAAAGCAUAGCUUAAUAUUGCCUUUGUUUAGGCGGUGUGUCACGUCUACUCCUGGUCCCCCUCUCCGGCAUUCGAUGUCGCCGGUUUACUAACCACCGGUCCUGGCAACCAUUAUUACACGCACCUGGCAUCAAUCAUUACUGCUCUUAUGGUAAUUGUCACGAAAACCACACCCGUCCUUAUGUCCCACCUGCAUUAGAAGUUCAGAAGGAGAAAGUGUAGGCUAUACAGAAAUAAUGACACUCAAAUUGAAAAUCAUUUAACUAAAUAAUAAGGAUUUCUA